AUGAACGGAACUCUGUCUUAUCAAGCAGCUAUCGAUUCUAACAUCAAAUAUACUUUUGAUGAUAAUUGCUCUGCAUGUUCCACGUGGGAAGAGUCGGCGAAACCUGAGCAUUUCGACGGAGUACAAUACAGAAUAUGCGAAAUCGCAAAAUCACCUGGAAAAGCAGUUUCUCACAAAAUCCAGCUACUUCCAGCCUCCUGGUCUCAACUUAUAAACUCUACUAACUACGCCGAUCCAAAUAUUGACCGUAUUGCUUAA